AUGGAGGGCGCUGCUCUCUGCCGUCUCUGCGCGGGCCUCGAUAUACAAGCCGCAGUCGAGCGUGUCGUAUCUCGGGAGCAUUGGAAACAUAGUGGCUCCCAUCAUCUCGAGUCCCCAUGGCACCGUACGCUUGCCGACGUCGAUGUCUCGUCGUCCUCGUGCGCGCUCUGUGCCAUUGUCAUGAAGGGUUGGCAGGCCAGCCGCGAGGUGGUGGUUAGGCGAGCGAUACAGAACGCCAUGUUCGACACUGAGAACCCGCCGCCAGGCCUGGAUGACCCUGUGAACAAGAUUCCGGCAUACCGGGAUGCGGAUGGGAUCACGCUCGAGGUUCUGCGGAGGCCGAGGAUGGUGGAGGAUGGCCGGGAGAAUAGGUCCAGUCUCUUCCUGCGGGUUAAAUGUGGUCCGGCGGAGGUGGCUUCGUUCGAUGUCGUUGACCGCAUCGUGGCCGAGCUGCGUAUCGCAAGGGCUGGUGGUGGUUCCCUCGCUCCAGGUACUAUGGAUGCGGUCCCAACAGAUAUUGCGCUACACACGGAUCUGCUCGUUAAUGACGACCCCCUAUCGCAGGACAGCCUAGGUGUCGCGAGAGGUUGGCUGGAGAUGUGCGUGAACAGCCAUGGGGGAGAUUGCAGCCCCCGUACCGGAGCUAAGGGAUGGAUGCCCACACGCCUGCUGGAAGCUGUGUCUGGAUCCACGAAGAUCUAUCUACGGGAGUCUGCGGCGCUCAAGUCUGCCGACAAUGGUCGCUAUGUCGCACUCAGCCACUGCUGGGGCCAGGGCGGGACCCCCUUUACAACAACACACCAGACGCUCCCUCUCCGGCUGGGUGGCAUCGACAUCAGCGACCUCCCCCAGACCUUCCAGGACGCGGUCACCUUAACCAAAGAACUCGGCCUACGAUAUCUAUGGAUCGACAGCCUCUGCAUCAUCCAGGACGACGCAGAGGACUGGGCCAAAGAAGCCGCGCAGAUGGCACAAGUCUACCGCAACGCGCACCUGGUCCUCAACGCAGCCAACAGCGACUCAGACAGCAAGGGCUUCCUCCAGCGGCGACACAUCCCGGACACCAUCCCCCUCCCACCACCGCCACCACUACCAACCCCCUCACCAACCCCCUCACCAACCCUCUCAACAACCCCCCCAACAACCCCCUCACCCAACCCCCCCUCACCCUCACCCCUGAACCUCACCCUCCAACUCCUCCCCACCAACCCCAACCAACAUAACCCCCUCGCCCACGAACCCAUCACCACCCGCGCCUGGUGCCUGCAAGAGCACAUCCUCCCCCCGCGCGCCCUGCAAUACGGCACCCACCAAGCCUUCUGGACGUGCGAGCACCUGCGCGCCAGCGAGGACGGCACCGCCAUCCGCCAGCCGGCCGGCGCCGACGGCGGGGGAGCGGGGGGCCAGCUGAGGCUGGUUUGCGGGUCGGGGAAUAUCGCGCCGUCGGUGUUUGGGCGCGCUGGUGCAGGGAUGUGGGAGGAGGGCGGGGAGCUGCUGGUGAAUUGGGCGGGGUGGUACGGGAUGUUGGAGGACUAUAGUGCGCGCGGGAUUGCGAGGGAUGGGGAUCGGUUGCCGGCGCUGGCGGGGUUGGCGCGCGUGGUGGGCUGGGAGACGGGGAGUGCUGCUGCUGAUGCUGAUGCUGGGGAGGGGGAGGAUUAUCUGGCGGGGAUAUGGCGGACGGGGUUGUGGGAGGGGUUGUUGUGGUGUCGGGCGAGGGAGGGGCUGGUGUUGGCGGCGACGACUGAGUAUGUGGCGCCGUCGUGGUCGUGGGCGGCGGUGGUUGGGCCCGUGCAGUUUGUGUUGUAUGGGUGGUAUGCGCGGCGGGCGCGGUGGAAGGCGAGGAUGUCGGAUUGUGAGGCGCUGGCAGAGUAUCGUGGGCAUUUUACGGUGAAGAGGGAUAGUGAUCCGUAUGGUCGGUUGAAAGGGGGGACUCUCACGUUGAGGGCACCGCUGCUGAGGGUUGUGUCCGUUCGGCCUAGGCAGGUCCAGCCGCCGGGUUUGCGCUCGUUGUUUGGCCAUGCCCCGGGCCGUUCGGAGGUGGCGGAUUUGGUGGUUCAGAUGAAGUUGGGGGGUGGGAGUGUGUGGGUGGAGGGCGGGUUUGACGAUCGGGGUGCUGUGACUGAUAUCGCGAAGCUGGUUGUCAUCUUUCUAUGUCGGCUACCACAUGUCCUGGAAGAGGGCUUUGUCGAGCAGCGGUUUGGCCUCAUACUGGAGCCUGUGGAUGGAAGCAAGCAGUACCGAAGGGUUGGGUUCAUCGACGGCGUGGUGCUAAAGAAGUCUAUUAUGGACGGUUUGAAGGGGCAUGGCAUGUUCUCUAUCGUCGGCUAUCCCCGCCCCUUUGAGAAAGAUGACAUCUACGAGGCCAUACGGGAUAAUGAGCUCGCUAAAGACCCGCUUAGUCUGGACAAGACGGAGGUUAGGAUAUGUUGAAUUGAGUUGUAUAGGGUGCUCCAGGGACUAGCUCAAGAAUGAUUUAAG